AUGCCGUUCUUCAAGAACGUCUUCAAGUCCAAGGACGGGCCGCGCUCUGCCUCCAAAGCCGCCAACCACGACGAGCCCGUCGCCAAGCCAAAGCCACGAUGGGAGGAAUCCUGGUCGCGCAAAGAGGUUGCGCCAGAGGAUAUUCAAGAGCUGAUCCACGGCUGCACGCAAGAAAUGAAGUCGAGGGGUAUGCACAUGCAAAUGCACGAUCCGGCUACCCUCUGCAGCAUUAUCAAGUGGUGCUGGAGCAGACUGCCUGGCGGCGUCGUGACAUGGGACGCCUACGAGCUCUUCCGAAUUGGCGAAUCUGAUUCGAAUCUCGCCCGACAUGCUUUCGAUACUUUCAUCCCGCUCAGCGUCGACUGCGAAGCGCGCAAGCACAUCAUCUUUGACUUCUUCGAUCUUUUGUCGGCGGUUGCUGCACGAGGCAAGACCAAUGGCAUGGGUGGCAGAAAAUUGUCGCGUUUAGCAGGAUGGUGGGCUUUUGAGUUCGCCGAGGAUGGCAAGGGCUUCGACGGUGGCUAUCGCACAUGGGAGAAGGCUGCUGAUGCUGCGAGCCACCUCUUCUUCGCCUACCUGCGCUCGCUUGCGCCAGAGUCGAACACGGUUGGAGGCAUCUCUGGCCUCCCACGAUCGCUGCAAUCGCUGCUCUCACAGACAGAAUACCCGCCCCAGACCCCCACAUUGAUGCAGACUCACACAACAAAGGUCAUCAUGAUUGUCGACUCAGUCUCGCCCACUCCUUUCGCACUUUUGCGCCGCGCCAAGCAUUUUGAAUACCGCGAUGAUGACGCAGCAUUGCAGCAGUUCUCGGCGUACGAAGACACCGUGAAAGCGCUGACCGAUGAAUGUCGCAGGGUUCUUGAGUGCAUUUCUACUGCCAACCAGUCUACCGCAGCCGCAGAAGCUACCACUACAGAUCCGUCCUGGUCCAAGUUUGAGGAUUUCGGCUUCUCGGGACUACUCGAAAGCUCAGCAAGCAGUGUGCAUGGAACUUCGAGCACUGGUGGCAUGCGGGAAUUUUCCAGUAUGCGAUCUGGUCCACGAUCAAAGAACACGGAUUUUGGCCGCCCCACUACUCCCUCCUGGGCGGACUUCCUGUCCUCAGGCUUUGCUGAUGAAAAUGGCAACCAAUCGGCUCCGACCACUCUAUUGCUUCCGACUCAAAAGCUUCCCCCACUGGGCGAGGGAGCCCGUGUUCACAGCUCCCAGUCACAUGUGCGAAACGGCAUUCAGACUGAGGAGGACCUGGAGCCAGGUGAGCUUGCGAGUAUCACCCAGUUCGACCUAGACGAGACCUUCUGGUGGGUAUGGAUGAUAAGUCUAGCCAGUGAGGAGACUACGGAUCGCAAGGCCGCGUUUGGCCGGUGCGCAUUGAUCGAAACACGUAUUCCUGGCGCCAAGUGGCUCGUUAUGGAAGAGCAGGUCAAGGGUGCCUCACCUGGCCCCGAAGAAGGCGCAUACAUUGCGGAAAAGAAGUCCAAAUUCAGUUUCACAAGGAGAGGGCGUCUGGGUCGCAGGAAAUCCACGGGCAAGAAGCCGACCCCCGGUGGGAACGAGCCGUACAAUCGGACAACCUCGAACACUCCCAUGAGCAAGACGAGCAUUGCACCAGCCCAACACGCAAGAGUUCAAGCUGCGGCGGCGAAGCUAGCUCAGAACGAAAGGGAGCGAAAGGAGGUAGAGCAAUUUGCCCAGCGGAGAGGCAGAGCGGACGAUGCAACGUCCACCAAGACGAACAGCGUGAUGACGCUGCAGCCGCAUUUGCUGAGUGAAGCUGGUCCGGCAAUGAAGUGGGACAAGAAGUUUGGAGAGGCUGCAAUCGAUCGCAAUGCUUUGCGAGCGCAGUACCUCGGAGACGUCAGCGCUGGUAGGGGCUCAAAGGACAAUCUCUUGACGACUGCCAACAAUGGUCGUCUGUCGCCUUUGCCGCCAGGCGCUACAGACCGUGACCUACCAGCACUUCCAAACCCUGACAUGGCCACACCGAAAGCGGGACGUGCUGCUUCACGUUCUCCUGCUCCUCAACCCGGUACGCCAGAUGCCACUGUGACCCCCGUUCCUUGGCCAAACGACUCUCCCACUGCUUCGCCCCUCCCCGAGCACAAGCCGUUCCCAACAGUCGAGACGAACAACCAUCCUGUAGUUAAGAAGGCUGUCCCCGAGCGAAAGCCGAUUCAAUCUCCUCAACCGCAGGCCGCACCCCCGGCACCUGUUGCUCCACAGUCGAUGGUACGCGCCAGUGAAGACAAGGGGCAAGGAGGAGACAAGAAGUCUCCAUCGAACAAGUUGAAGAAGAAGGAAGGCGGAGGCUUCAGGAAACUUUUCGGUCGCAAGAAGACCAAUGUGCCAGCUGCGACAUCUGCCGCUGUUACUCAGCCUCGCGAGUCUGAAGACUACCCUACGCACACACCCGCACCCGAACCUGUUCGAAGCGAAUCCCGUGUGGAAGACCAUCAGCCACAGGUACGGGAACCGUCUUUGGCUUUUAGCGAGGAGCAGCAUGAUCACCUUCAAGCACCUUCAGCGCCAUAUGAGCGUGCGUACAGUCCAGCACCAUCAUCGACUGCCAUGGACGAUUCUCAUGGACCCGCCCCACCAGCUGUACCUGGCAGUCAGGCCCAUGAGCAGCAAGAAGCUGACCAAGCUUUCUCUCGUUUCGAUCAAGGACCAAUGGAAGACAUGCCGGCUUUUGCCCCUGAAGACAGUGACGAUGACGAUGCUGCCGCUGCACCAAGCAUUUCCCGUGGCGGCCACCAAGCACAGCGAUAUGACGCUCCACCAAGCCCGGUCACUCCUACGCCUUUUGUCGCAAAGCAUCGGGACGACAUAUCAGAAGAGUCUAUCACACUGAAGACGGACUCUGUCCCUACGAACGACCGCUGGGCACAGAUCAGGAAGAAUGCUGCUGAGCGGGCCGCAAGACUAAGCGAGGAGCAGUCUCGUCGCAGUCGAAGCCAAAGCCAAAGCCAGCGCACGGACGAAGGCGAAACGAGCGGCGAGGAGACGAUCGAGAGCCGCGUUGCUCGCAUCAAGGCGCGAGUCGCCGAGCUUACCGGCAACGUGGACGGUCAGCAAUCUACCUACAACUCGGGGAUGCGAUGA